UGUCGCCUCCCUAUGUCUCCCUCCCUCCUCCCUCCAGUCGGGUCUGUUUUCUCCAGUCUAGCUUCAUCCCGUUAUUCGGACCGUAUUCCCUCUAAUAAACAGCUGCGCUGCGCACUGCUCGUAUUAUCGGACCACCAUGGGAGUCGACGGCUGCACCAAAGUCAUCAAAUAUGUUCUGUUUCUGCUGAAUUUCUUAUUCUGGCUCGUUGGAGGUUUGAUCUUGGGCGUGGCCCUUUGGUUGAGACAUGAUCACCAGAUCAGCAGCCUGAUGGAGGUUCAGCUGAACGGAACUCAGCCCCCCACCUCCUUCUACACCUCUGUCCACAUUCUGAUCGCAGUCGGCGCCGUGAUGAUGGUGGUCGGCUUCCUCGGCUGCUACGGCGCCAUCCAGGAGUCCCAGUGUUUGCUGGGAACGUUCUUCGUCUGCCUGGUCAUCCUGUUCGCCUGUGAGGUUGCCGGUGGAAUCUGGGGAUACAUGAACAGAGAAGCUGUUUCUAAGGAAAUAAGGGACUUCUAUGACAGCGUUUAUGACGAGGCCACGACUAAAACCUUUGACACUGAAAACAAAAAGGCUCCUGUUUCACAAGUGCUGAAGGUCUUCCAUGAGACGCUCCAGUGCUGCGGUAAGGACACGACCACCUCGUUCUUCUCCGUGAUAACAUCCAAAGUCGGCUUUCAGGACGUCUGUAAAUCCGAAUGGAUGGGAGUUAGCUGCCACCAAAAAAUUAAUGAGCUCUUCUCGGAAAAGAUUUACCUGGUGGGAAUCGUUGCGCUGGUGGUUGCUGUCAUUAUGAUCUUUGAGAUGAUCUUCAGCAUGGUGUUGUGCUGCGGGAUCCGCAACAGCCCCGUGUAUUAGAGCGACUGAGGGGGCGGAGCCAUGACCACAGGGGUCCCAGCCGCUUUCAUCUUUUUCUUAUUACAUAAAAUGUAUCACCUAUAAUGCUUGCUGGAUUAGUGAGCUCUUUAAAACGCUGCCCUUAAAAACAAACAUCAUUACACUGUUUUUACGUUUAUUUUUUUAUUCACACAUGCUGUCUUCUGUACACGGUCAGCCCUAACCUUGGAGGAUUUGUAGUUUUAUUUUUUUUUAUUACUCCGUGGUUACAAUCACCGGUCGAGGUGCUGUAGAUCUUUAAAGAAAUGUGUUUGUCUCGGUUUUUACUUCUAUCCUGCCUCUGAACUUGCUCAUACAUUCUGUUAGAUGGGUUGAUUUGACUGUUCUCUGUAUAAACUGUAUAUAAAAAUAUGUUAACCGUGCUUUAUGUCUGCCUGAGCAUGGAUAUUGUAUUACACGAGGCCUCUGUGCAGUAGUUUCUCUUUACUAACCUCUGCUCGAUUGUCUUGCUUCAGGCUGAAUCGGUGUUUCUUCCUGACACUACAGGCCUUAUGCACACAGUAUAACAGAUUUAGACACGUUGAUCCAUGUUAACAGGCUACUCCUGCAUGAAUCCAGUUAAUCUAAAAAA